AUGGAACAACACACCCUCCGCCGCCGCGGGUUAGGCCUCCGCGGCACCGACCCCAAAGUCUCCCCCGGCUACAUCCUCUACACGCCCCUAACAUCCCGCACCGCGCACCUCAUCUCAACAACCGGAAAAGAAGUUCACAAAUGGACGCUUCCCUACCGUGCAGGCCGACACGCCAGACUCCUGCAGGACGGCAACCUUGCCUACAACGGCGCGCACCCAGAUGCCCCAAACCUCUUCCCGAUGUGGGCCAAAUACCGCGGCGGCGCAAUGAUCCAAGUAUCGCCGCCCGGAGAAAUCCUACGUGAAUAUCGUGAUCCAAAGGCCCAUCAUGAUCAACAUCAUCUCCCGGAUGGGAAGAUUCUCUACACUACCCUGGAAGCGUUGACGCCUGAAGAGGCGGCGAAAGUACAGGGUGGGAUUACGGGCAGUGAAGCGCCCGGUGGGAUUGUCUACGGCGAUUGCAUAAAGCUGGUCGAGCCGUGGUCUACCUCGAACAGAUCUUCCUCGGAGGACUUCGAGGGCGAUGGCAAAGGCGGUGCAAAGCUCCUAUGGACUUGGCGUGCGAUCGAUCAUCUUGACACUGAGCUGUUCCGCAUGCAUCCGGAUUAUCCGCGGGAACAUUGGCCGUUGAUCAAUAGCGUUUCGUUUGACUCCGAUGGCAAUAUCAUUGCCUCGAUGCGAAACACGUCUUCUGUGGUUAUUAUCAGUCGGAAGACAGGUGAAGUGCUCUGGCAUCUUACUCAGCCGGUGGUCAAUCAACAGCAUUGUGCGCAUCAGCUUCCGUCUGGUGACCUUUUGAUUUUCGAUAAUGGGGUCUUCCGACCUGGCAUCUCGGUGCCGUUUACUCGGGCUAUUGUUGUGGCCCGGGAGACGAAGGAUAUCAUUUGGGAAUACAAGGAUCGGAGUACAGGUGGUAUUGGGUUUUUCACGCCGUUUAUGGGUUCUGCGCAGAAACUGCCGAAUGGGAAUGUCGUGCUUUGUGAGGCGGCUACGGGCAGGAUUUUAGAGGUUACCGAGUCGGGGGAUGUGGUUUGGGAGUUUGUGGUGCCGCAGUUGAGUGAUUAUACGGCUGUUCUUGGAGAGGGUGAGCUGGAGGAGAUGUGGAAGAUGGGUUUCGCGUAUGAGAGCAACGCUAUAUUUAGGGCAUAUAAGUAUCUGCCUGAGAAAGUGCCUUGGCUGAAGGAGGAUUGA